CAUCUCUUCCAAGGCUCAGAGACUAACAGUGGGCUGGAAAGAGGCAUUUUCCAUGCAGAGUGUCUGAUUCAUACAAGCUCACUACCUUCUCUCCAACACCAUGGAAGUGUUCCAGCAUCAGCUAUUCAGUCUUGUUGGGGCUCUGAUCUGUUUCUGUGCUCUGAUAAAAUGCAUCAGAUUCAUGAGCCUUUUUCCAUAUGUCUGAAGUUCUUUACCUUAAAUUUUCUUUCAGUCAAUGGGAGAAUGGGCAGUGGUCACAGGAGCAGGAGAUGGGAUUGGAAAAGCAUAUUCCUUCGACCUGGCAAGAAGUGGAUUAACUAUAGUGAUGAUAAGGAGAACUUUAGAAAAACUGAAUUUGGUAAGCAUUUUUACAGAGCUGGCCACAGAUCAAAAGGUGAAGGUUAUACAAGCUGUUUUCACUAAAAAUUCAGUGUACGAGAACAUUGAAAAAGAUCUGAAGGACUUGAGUACUGCUGUUCUGGUUAGCAAUGUUGGAAUACUUCAUAAUCCUCUUCCAAGCCAUUUCCUUAAUGGGCCAAACAUAGAAGAGGACUGUGUCAACUGCAAUAUUAUUUCUGUUCCAGGUAGCACAACGGUACUACUAAAAAAUAUCAGGAAAUAACAAAAAGUUCUAAUUCUGAAUCUGUCCUCUGGUUCAAGUACUUUCCCUUGUCCUGUAUAUAUGAUGUACACAGCUACUAAGGCUCAUUUAUCUAUGCUUCUACAACCACUGCAAGCAGAAUAUAAGGCAAAGAUAAAUAUCAUGCAGAUAGUGAUUCCUUAUGGUGUUUCUGCUCCAAUGACAAUGUACCAAAACCCUGGUGUUAUUACAAAGACAGCAGAAAAGUUUCUUAGUGAAUCACUGGAGUAUGUCACCUUUGGAGAGAUUUUUGGAUGUUUCACCCAUGAAAUUUUGAUUGAAUUUGGUUAUGUGUAA